AUGGGCAACAUCGACAUAUCCGAUAGGACAAUCUUAUCCACUAUUUGGGAAGUGUUGGAUAAAACACCAAAUGAACUCUUUGGAUGUCCCGCAAUAUCCCUUGAGGAACUCUAUAGAACUCUGGACACCACAUACGAGACUCUCAAUUCUAAUCCUAUCAUCGGCCUAUUGGAUGAACAUAGUGGAGAUCUAUUGGGAAUCAAUCAUAGAGUAUCGCUCAAGUCGGUUAGGAAAGGUGAAAAGAAAGAACACUGGAUAGUAUUCCAACCGAUACCUGGGAAGGUGCAGCCAGGCAACCGUAAAGCCAGCUCAACCGUAUCUACCAGCAAGCCAGAUAAAACAAGCGAUUCGAAGAUGGAUAGUAACACCUCGUCUUGGCAAGACUUAGGUGAAAAGGAAGGGAAGACCUUGGAACUGUUACCUAAUUUACCAGGAGGAUCCAAUCAUCUAUCCCACCGUACAGCCCCAAAAUCAGCUAGAGAAAGGAUAUUUUCUGUUCUUGGCAUGAGAAAGGAGAAAUAUCGUAAUGGCAACGGUAGCGACAAGUCCUCGGUUGAGAGAGUGAUACAAGGGCAUGACGGGAUUAGUGUCGAAAUGGACUCUACUGAUCACGGAGGACAGCGGGAUUUGCCAUCACAUCACAACUCGCCAAGCCUAGGAAGGUCUGUUUACAGUAAGGAGAGCGAUAAGGGAGAUUGGUUGAAGGAGACUCAAGCUUGGAAAGAUGAGAGAAAGAAACCCGAAAGAAAAGGGACGGAGUGGAGUAUAAUAGAUGCUUACAAUUACACUCCCCAAAAUGAUCACUUUGCAGAGAUCGAUAUUAACCAGACAAGAGAAAGGAAUCAUGCGAAUGUUGACGAAUCAGAGAGAGGGACAGGAGAAAGAGAUAUCACACCAAAUGAAGAGAUUAAGUUGGAUCAACACCAAGUAAAAACAAGUAAUGUAGGGGCUGAGGUGCAGGACAAGCAUGAAGAAGAAACACGGGAAGAGGCACAGCCAGAAGUGAAGACCAAAUUUGAUUUCACUGAUGAAAAUGACAUAUCUACGAAUCAACGGGUUAGCCCAGAGUUGAAUGGUGAUUAUUAUGACUAUCAAGCUAUGCACGGAAGGCAUGAAGAUCUCGAAGUUGGAGACAUUGGUGUCGAGCCCAAGGGUGAAAGAUCAAGAACAGAUAGUAAAGAUCGCAAGAAGGAUAAGCUUAAGCAUAGAAGCAAGGAUGAACGAAAGAAUAGGAGGAAAGACCUAGAAUCUGGUUUUGAGAUAAAUUCGAUUUCGGUGGCUGAUAUCACCUCGAGUGAAGAAGAUAGUAAGGCUAAGGAUGGAAUCCGACACAAGUCCAUAAGAAGAAAGUCCGGUAGACGUAACCGGAAACCGCCUGAGGAUAAGAAGAGAAGUCACAAAACCAGGUCAAGAUCGUCCAGCGAUGAUGAAAUUAUCUCGGAAAACCCCUCUGAUCAAUAUUCAUCAGAAUCAGAAGAACACCAUGAAGACCACAAGGUCCCAGGACCACCCACACCAUCUUUUCUCAAAGCCUUUGAGGGAUUACCUUUCGAACCUGAUAUUAGCAUUAUCAAUUCCCUCUCAUGGUUUAAAGAUCGAUAUCACCUAAUCUUAGCUGAGUUGAUUAUUUUGUUGAGCAUAGUAUAUAUACUUCAGGCUAGUGGUUUGUAG